GCAAGUCGCACUCUUCAUUGUUCCUCAUUGAGAUUUGCGAUUCUGGGCAAAGCAAGAAGACGAAAUGAAUUGGCCACCACGAACGCUGCCUGGCGCGCUGCAUCCCCGCAAUCGCGGCGCCAUCGACUGGGGCUGGCAAUCGCUCGUCGCGUACGGCUGUCAAAGCCUCGUCGUUGCCGUCAAUCCAGCCGAUCAAGAGAUUGUCCAAGUCCUCGAUCGCCAUCGUGCCCCAGUCACUUGCGUGCGAUGGGCGCGCGAAAACUACCUCCAUGACCUGUCGGUUCCGUAUACGCUGAGACUUGCCUCGGGCGAUGACCACGGUCGAAUCUAUGUCUGGAUGGUUGUUGAAGGCAAGCCGUACUUUGAGGGUCAUCAUGGCGCAGCCACGCAGCCACAGCAGCAACCCAGCGGAUCGGCGUUUGCGGCGGCACCGAGCCAGUUUGGCCUACUCCCCUCCGGCGGGCUGCCAGAGCGCGCGUCUUCCGCAGGGCUCGCCACGUCGGCAGCCAGCUUUAGCUCGUCUUCCAACAGCGCGAGCCCUGGCUCGCAAACGUCCUCUGCCGCGCUCGGAAUUGGGCCAGGCCGUGCAGUGGUUGCGCUGGAAUGGCACACGCAAGACCCAAGAUUGCUCUUUGCGCUACACGCUCCGUCUCAUCUGUCCAUGUGGGACACGAGCGCCAGCUACAAACUGUGGGUGAUCAACUUGGGCGAGCCAAUCCACCACUUUAGCCUCGAUCCUUUCAACCACUUGAGCGCAACCUUGGUUGGUCAGCGAUCCAUCAUCUUUUUGGACGAUUUGCGCCCGAAUGCGGCGCCUUCUUCCUCGUUCAAGCGGUUUCAACUGGCUCAAACGCCAGCAUCCACGCCGCCGACGACGGCCGUUCAUGGGACUGGGAGCACAAGUGCACCUCCCACACGGAGCGGCAGCACGGGCUUUGCUAGCGGUGUUUCUGGUGCUGGAUCGGCCUUGCUUUCCUACGUCAUUGCGGCAGCGACAGGCGAAUCGCGACCUUCGAACGCCCAGUCCUCAACGACUGCCGGAGCCGAGUCUUCUUCGACGGCCGGAAUGGCGCAGUGCAUUGACGCCGUCUAUUCUCCCUCAGAGCCCGGUCGUCUCUACAUUGUGUUUGCUCGUGAGGUGAUCAUCCUCGAUGUCGAGACAACGCAGGUGGUUGGAAGCUUUGGGCUGGAGCGAGCCAUGCCUUCCAUCACGGCCCUCAUGCCAUGUGGCUCUACACCCGACGUGCUGUUUGUCGCGCACGAGAACGGCACCCUCAGUUGCCGACUCCGGCGAGGCGGCGUGCGUGAUGUUAUGUUUGAGCUGCGAGCUCAGUCUGACGUGAUUCGUCUCGCACGCUUUGCCAAACCAUACGCGGUCUGCUCCAGUGUUCGCGACGAGAACAAGUUUGCCGUUGCGUAUGGCGACGGGAAAGUCUUCUUGUGGGACUACAGCAUCUUUUUGCAAGCGCCCGCCAAUGUUUCUGCCUGGACGCCUCAGCCGGUAACCCCGUCUGUUCCGGCCACGCCUUCGCCUUUGCUCUCGUCCGCCGCAAAUGAAUCGACUCCUCCUUCCACGCCUGUCCGGGGCUCGCGCAUUCGCAAGCGCUCCAUGGCGGACGGCGACAACCAUUUGCAAACGGUGGCGCGUCAGCCGCUGUCUCCAGGUGUGCGCCCGCCGGAUGUCUCGCUCGCCGCGCACGCCACUCGCUAUGCUGCUCUAACUGCAGCACGCGCCAAUGCAGAUCAAGGGGCUAACACUCCCCAGGCAACCACGACGACGCUGGACAACCUCAUCAACUUGGAUGCCAGCCCUACCGCGAGCGUCCCCAUGUUCUCGAGCGCUGAAAUCGCCUCUUCUCCUGUUCCCCAAUCUCGCCCAGAGACUUCACGGUUUGUGGUGGUUGGCCAGCUAGAUGCGCUUCCUGCGAGCCCUUCUUGUUGCGCACCACUGGGCGUCAAAGAAGAAGGUUUGGCAUGGGCGGCCGUGGGUGAUUCGGAGGGCGUCAUUUCUGUGGUUGACCUCUUGUCAGGUCGCAUGCGUCGCUCGAUUCGUGUUCAUUCUGCGACCGUUCGCGGCAUCGAGUGGUUGAAUGCCAACACUUUGCUCUCCUUUUCGUCGGAAUCGGGUCCGAACGGCACCUGGCGAAACCUGGUCAUGCGGACCGAUCUGGUCAAUGGGCUGAGUACUCCGCUGCGCGCCCGCCCAACCGGCUCUGCUGCCGUUGGUGGUGGUGGUGGUGGUGGUGGCGGCGGUGGUGGUGGCGGCGGCGGCGCGAUUGGUGGCGGGAGCAACGCUGGUGGCAGCAGCAACGGCGCCAAUCCCGAUGCGUCACCUCUUGUCUGCUUGCGUCCAUCGCACCUUCGCCAGUACGUUGCUCUUGUAUUCCGCGACCAGCCAGUUGAGCUGUGGGACUUGUCUACAGGCACCAUUUUGAGGCAUCUGCCCCAGCUCGUGAACGUGACCAGCCUGGAGUGGUCGCCAGUCAGCAAGCAGAAUACCAGUCUGGUCCAUGCUGCUGCUGCAACAUCGACCAGUGCCAUCUCAGCGACUUCGUUCGGCGUCCCCGAUGGAGUUGAUGCCCAGGAGAUGGACUGGACCAUGAUCCCGCCCGCGGACUCGAGCUCUCCCGUUUCCCACGACAGCGGUCACCACAAAUCCAAGCGAGACACGCAUGCCAUCGAAGAGAAAUUUGUGCUGACGCAAUCAGACGGCGGCCUGCGCGACUUUUCCGCCGUCCAAGCGGUUGUCAAAGAGCGCGAUGAGUUGCCCCACGACAUGGGUCUGAGCGCCGUUUCGGCUGUUGCGUGGAAGGGAAACACCCUUGCCACAGGCGACACGAACGGCAACCUGACCAUCUGGGAUGUCAAGAUGCGCACACACAAAACGGUGCAGACCCAAAACGGUCGCAUUCGUCGGCUCAAGUUUUCGCCAGGCGAAGGCAACGUCUUGCUGAUGGUGCUUUAUGCGAACGACACUGUGGACGUGUGGCUUGGCAUUGAAAGACUGAGCCUAUGGCGACUGCAACCGCUCAAUGCCAGCGGCGCCUCAUCCAACUCUGGGAGCUCGGUUUCGUCCGGAAACGCGGGACUCGGAUCCGGUGGCUCGAGCGGCGGACUGUCGCUCAACCCAUUUGGAUUGGCUGCCGGCGGUGGCGGCAGCAGCGGUGGCAACAGCAGCGGCAACAGCAGCAGCGGCGGCAGUGGUAGUGGCAACAACAGCAGCAGCGGCAGCUCUGGUGGCAGUGGAGGCAUGACUGGAGGCAGCGGAGGUCUCGUCGGCGGUAGCAGUGGUGGUGGCGGCUCUGGCGGCUCUGGCGGCUCUGUUGGCGGCGGUUACGCCAUGCCGUUGCGUCUGGUUGAUGUCGACUGGGUGACGACUGAUCGACUCGCAGUCCUCUGCUCGGACGGGUGUCUUCGAAUGUUCGAGCGUUCCAUGCGUCGCAGCAUUUCGUCAAUGACUGCGUAUCUACCACAACCGUGCAUGGCGCUCCCUCAAGCCAUGCCUCCAGCUGUGGGGCUGAGUUUAAAGUCGCUGUUGCAGCACCAACGUUGGACGGGCGAGUCGUACUCGCUGCGACCAUCCGUGCUCGAAGCCGAGGCGUUCAGCAGCAGGCCACCGCACGUGUCGGGUCACACGCAGCCGACCUAUUCGUCGGGAAUGCUGCCUGAAGGACCUUUGGUCCCCUUCGAGGCGCUCAACAGCUUCAGCAAGGACGGCUCGUCCGAAGUUCGCCACGCCCUUGCCACCGCAACAGCUGCCGACCACGAAACCCGCACCCAUUCAUCCCAUAUCGCCCCCUUUUCCGAUGCAGGCUCCAUGGCCGCCCAUAUCGCUCACACCCAAGCUGUGCUUCGGCACGUAGCUGCACUUCCUCCUGCGUUGACGUCGCAACUGUACAGCACCCAGGGAGUUGCAGAGCGGUGCCUGCAGCUUGCCCAGUACUUUGGCGAUGAGUCCGACACGACGUUCUGGACGGUGGCCAAGCACUACCUGGACAAGGAGGUCGCACGCAUUGCGGGCCAGCAAACCUCGGCUCGUCCGCGCGCGUCGUCUAUGUCGAUGCCGGUCAUUGAUACGAGUGGUAUCGAGUUUGGCUCGCCCUCCAAAUCCACGAGCCAUCAUCCUCAUCAUCAUCCUGUCGCUUUGAGCGGAAGUCCCUUGGCAGGCCGGUCACAGCAAGCGAGCAGUGGCGGCGCCAGGCAGGACCCAGUGUCCACGUUGGACAACGGGACAAAUCUCGAGCCGACUACAUCUCGAGGCUCCUUCCGCGACCAUUCUCCUUCGCCUCUUUCCUUGGCGGCCAAUCAGGUUCGCGGCAACGUCCUUGACAGGCCCGAGGGUCUCCACGCUCGUCCUGGUGUUGGUGUGGCAACUGUGGGGCUUGUUGGCGCUGGUGCGGCCGAGAAUGGCAGCACAGCUCAUCGCCUUCCACAACGAGGUGCAGCAGUUGGCGACAACGGCAACGCUCAUGUGCUGCCACUUCCUGCGCGCUUUGAAUUUUUGUGCGAGCCCAAAGAGUUCCGCGAGCGGCAGCUCGAUCGCGCAGCACUCCACCGCAAUCACCGCAAGACGUCGGCCGAAACCAGCAACCGAUCUGCGUCCGAGCACAUUAUGCUGGGUGAGCACGGUCGAGCCAUCGAUUUGCUGCUCGAGUCAGCUGGCGACGGCUCUCAAAGCUACCGCGCGGAUGCGCUCAAAGCCUGCCUCGUUGCGGCUGUUGUCUCCCCCGACAAGUUCCGCAACACCAUCAAACUUGUGGCGACCAAUCUCAUCGCUCGCGGUGAAAUUGAUGAGGGAGUCCAGCUGUUGUGUCUUAUUGGCGCUGCACUCGACGCGUGCCGGUAUCUCCAAACCAACAAUAUGUGGCGCCGCGCCGCUUGGCUGGCGAAGAGUGUCCUCCCCGAAAAUGAUCAGCUCGAAGUGAUGCAGCGAUGGUCUGACGAGCUCCUUGCUUCCGAGCAGCGGCUCCAAGCAGUGCUUGUCUUCCUGUCUCUCAGACUCUUCCGAAAGGCCAUCAAUCUGCUGCUCGCGACGAGAUACACGAGUUCAGCCAUGCUCCUCGUCGAAGCCUGCGUGGAAAAGGGCAUUCUCAACCCACUCGUAGAUGCUGCCGACGCGGAGCUCGAGCAGUUGACCAUGCAGGCAUAUUCGCGCUAUCUCCAUGGCAUCGGUCUGACCACCGCCGCGUCGUAUUAUGCCGAUCGUGGUGCCAACGCUCAAUCCACCGCCUGAUCGUGAUGAUGAUGAUGAUGAUGACCGUGUUCGUUCUUGAUCUGUCAUUGCACACUGUAUGCAACGUUUCGUCAUUCGCGUUCAAUUUCGUAAUCCC